AUGGUUGCCCGCAGCUCCGUCGCAGCCGGGAACGAGUCCCUCCGCCCCGGAUCUGGUGUCUGCCUCGCCUCGGACCUCACCUGCGGCUCCACCGCCCCAUCAAGUUCCCGGAGCCACCGCCGCCCAAGCUACGUCGUCGCCUACCAAGUCCCCGCGUCGUCGUCCUUGCCCGGAUUCCCGUCGCUGCGCCAACCGCCGCCCUGGAGCUUCUCCGCCGCCGACGCCCUUCUCCAGCGCCCCAAGUCCCGCCAUGAACACCCGUCGACAGCGUCGCCUCGACCCUGCCUCUCCUCCUCGAGCUCGUUCCUCGAGCACGACGCAGAUCCAGCGCCCGCGGCCCCGGCCUCGUCCCUGCCUUCAAGUCGCCGCUCCGCCGCCGGAGACCAAGCUGCCGCCGCGCCUGACCCCUGCCUCGACCUGCUGUCGCGCCCCUUCUUCCUCUGCUCCGAGGACGACCAGCGCCUGCGUUGA